GUCCUCUUCACAAUGCUUCCAAAGUUGUUUUUCAUUUCUAUACUUUUCUCCUUCAUUUUUAUUACUCAUUCAUGUCUUCACUAUCAAAAAACCGUGUUGCUUCAACUCAAGGAUGAGUUGAGCUUCGAUUCUUAUAUUUCAACAAAAUUGGUGCGAUGGAAUGAAAGUGAUGAGUGCUGCAAGUGGCCCGGUGUGGAAUGUGAUGCUGCUGGCUACGUCGUUAGUUUGCAGCUCGAUCAUGAGUCCAUUUCUGGUGGAAUCGCGGAUUCAUCGAGUCUGUUCAGACUUGUGCAUCUGCAGAAGCUAAAUCUAGCCUACAAUCAUUUCAACAACACUCCCAUUCCAAGAGGUAUUCAGAAUCUGACUUAUUUGACACACUUGAAUUUAUCCUAUGCGUAUUUUGGUGGGCAGGUUCCAGCUGAAAUUUCUUCCUUGAGAAGGUUGGUUAGUCUCGAUAUCUCCAAUGGUUAUGUAUCUGUGGAACUGGAGAUACUUGUCCAAAAUCUAAUAGGGCUUCGAGAGCUCUAUCUUGAUGGUAGCAAUGUUACUUCCUCUGAUCAUGAGAGGAGAAAAUGGAGCCACAUUAUAUCAUCAUAUUUACCCAACCUCACCGCGUUGAGCAUGAAUUUAUGUGGUUUGUCUGGCCCUUUAGCUAAGUCCUUUGGGCAACUCCAUUCCCUUUCCAUCCUUCGACUAGAUGAGAACGAUCUUGAGACAGAACUUCCAGACUUGUUCGCCAAUUUUCCAAGUUUGACCACUUUGUCUCUUUCUAGCUGCGGUUUGAAGGGUUCGAUUCCACCCACCUUUGCUAACUUAACCAACCUGAUUCGUGUCGAUUUGUCAAAUAACUUGUUCACAGGCUCACUUUCUUCUACGCUGUUUGAAGGUCUUUCCAACCUGAUUGAUCUCGAUUUGUCAUAUAACUUAUUCACAGGCUCACUUUCUUCUACGCUGUUUGAAGGUCUUUCCAAUCUUGUAUAUUUAGAUUUGUCAAGUAAUUCACUCUCUGGUAAUAUUCCCCACUCUCUCUUUGCUCUCCCUUCGUUGUUGGAACUUGAUCUUAGCUACAAUCAAUUUAGUGGCACUUUCCAACUGGACAACUUUCGAAGUUUUUCCAAUCUUACACGACUUAUUCUAUCUCACAAUAGAUUGUCAGUAGAUGUUGGAAACAUCAAUUCAACUUCAUAUGGAAGUCUACAACUAAAAGUGUUAGGACUAGCUUCUUGUAACAUGUCCCGUUUUCCUAAUUUCACCAAACAUUUGGAUAUGGAAAUAGUGGACCUCUCAGAGAAUCGGAUUGGUGGGGAGAUACCUAGUUGGAUUUGGGGAACACAACUUCAGUAUUUGGAUCUCUCUUCUAAUCUUCUAACAGAUCUGCAAAAGCCUUACCAUAUCCCUACUUCUCUUUUAUUCCUAUUCUUGCAGUCUAACCAGCUCAAGGGUGAGUUGCUCCUGCCCAUUCCACCUGCGUCUCAACUCUCGGAGUUGUUACUGGCUAAUAACAAUUUAAGUGGAUCGAUUCCAACCUCCCUUUGCACUGCCACACGACUCUCUUUGCUUGACUUGUCUGGCAAUAUAUUAAGUGGCGGCAUACCCCCUUGCCUAAUUGAGCUAAACAUUGGAGUGAUCAAUUUGGGGCGAAACAACAUCAACAGUAGCAUUCCAGAUAAUUUUCCUAUGGUAUGUUGGCUACAAUAUUUGGAUGUAAACAAUAAUACUUUAGAAGGGAAAAUCCCGAAGUCCCUUGAAAGAUGCAAGUGGUUGCACUUCAUGAAUGUUGGGAACAACAACAUCACUGACAGUUUCCCGUGCAUGCUAUCAUCGAAUUUGCAAGUUCUUGUUUUGCGCUCUAACAGAUUCUAUGGGGAAGUAAGAUGUCACAACAUGAGCUGGCCAUAUCUCCAAAUUCUAGAUAUAUCUUCCAAUCAUUUCAGUGGGAAUCUGGAAUCGAUAAACUUUUCAAGUUGGAGUUCAAUGGUGUCAGGUCACAGCGAAUUGUUGAGCUAUGGCAUAACAUUAACCAUUAAAGGGGUAAUCCGUCAGCUUGAUAAGAUUUGGGCAGACUCUGGCACCAUUGAUUUGUCUUGCAAUAAUUUCGGAGGAGAGAUACCAAAUGCAAUUGGUGAUCUUGGCUCACUUCAUCAGCUCAACCUCUCCCAUAAUGCCCUCAAUGGAAGCAUCCCAAACACAUUUGGUAAGUUGAGGAAUCUCGAAUCACUCGACCUCUCAGGAAACCGACUCACCGGGCCAAUACCGGUGGAGCUUGCUGGGCUCUCAUUCCUUUCAGUCUUGAAUCUGUCCUACAAUAAGCUGGAUGGAGAGAUCCCAAAUGGCCGUCAGUUUCAAACAUUUUCAGCUGAUUCCUUCAAAGGGAAUCCGGGGUUGUGUGGUUUCAAUCUCAACAUAAGCUGCAGUCCUACUGAUGGCAGCCAUCAUUUGUGGCCACAAGAAGCAGAAAAUGGGGAAGAGAAGAGUGAGAUUGAGUGGGAAUACGUAUGUGCUGCGCUUGGAUAUGUUGUGGGAUUAGGAAUCAUUGUGUGGCUACUUUUGUUCUGCCGAAGCUUCAGAGGGAAAUACUUUGGAAAAGUGGAAGAGGUGUUUGAAGAUAUAUGCGAUGCCAGAAUCAGAAGAAGGAGAAGAAGAAGACAUGCAAGAAGAGUAGCACUGAGGAAUCAAGUGAGAAGACAAUAGUGUUGACAUUAAUUGCUAUUUGGUAUCUUUAAUUAUGCUUGUGUGUGUUUUUGUCUAAAAAAACAGUUGAAGAAGAUGUUUAGGACCGCGUGAUUUAUUAAGUUUUUAGGUUUUUUGCAUAUCAUUUUGAUGAUACAAUUUUUAUGAUCAUGUGUACACUUACGAGGUAAUUGGUCUCGUACUAUUUAAUUUAUAGUUGCAUUUUUUUU